GCUGGCGAACAAGAUGUCUAAAACGCCGUUGCUGCUAUUGCAGAUGCUGCCAUGGUUUUUCGUCGGAAUGCCUGUGGAAGACGACGGAAGCUGCUUUUUCGUCAUCGAUGCGCAGCGUUGCAGAAAUGGAAGCUUGGAGUGCGCACUUUCUGGUCUUGCUGCCACGGGUGUGACGUCACCAGCGACCAGUCUACAAAAGGGACAACGCGAGAACAUCGGCUUCAGAGGGCACGGCAUUUGGCUGGCGAACAAGAUGUCUAAAACGCCGUUGCUGCUAUUGCAGAUGCUGCCAUGGUUUUUCGUCGGAAUGCCUGUGGAAGACGACGGAAGCUGCUUUUUCGUCAUCGAUGCGCAGCGUUGCAGAAAUGGAAGCUUGGAGUGCGCACUUUCUGGUCUUGCUGCCACGGGUGUGACGUCACCAGCGACCAGUCUACAAAAGGGACAACGCGAAAACAUCGGCUUCAGAGGGCACGGCAUUUGGCUGGCGAACAAGAUGUCUAAAACGCCGUUGCUGCUAUUGCAGGUUAGUUACAGCUCUACGUAUCGCAGUGAUAAUAGAUGCUUGUUAGUGCUGCCGUGCCCUCGUAGAUGUUGUGCUAUUUUGAACGAUUGCUGGUCAGUACUGUUGCUGCUGAUGGCUGGUGAUGUUGAGGAAAAUCCAGGCCCAAAGACUGCUGAAAUGUUGCAGGAAAUUCUCGAAAAACAAAAUGCUUUGGGUAGCAAAGUAGACGACAUCAGGAAAGAAAUUGCAGAAGUGAAUGCUAAAACAGAUAAGAUGCAAAGUGUGCUAUCCAUGUUUGACGAAAUGAAAGAUAGAAUAGAUAAACUGGAGACCAUCGUUCGAGAGCAAAAUGACAAGUUAAUCGAUUACGAAAACAGAAGCAGACGAAAUAAUCUCUUGGUGUUUGGCCUUACUGAGAGCGCGAGCGAGUCUGUACAAGUGUUAAAAAGACGCAUUGUGAAUGACAUUUUUUCUAAAGUUCUUGGCAUAGAAGUCACUAAGGUGGAAAGAAUUCACCGGAUCGGCAAAGUAAACCCUGAUAAACCAAGGCCCGUGAUCUUGAAAUUUUACGACAGCAAGGAAAAGGAUACCAUUUUUAAAAACUGCGCAAAACUAAAGGGAACUUCGAUCAGAAUAAGCAACGACUAUGCGAAGGAAACAGUGCAGAUACGAAAGAAGUUAUGGCAAAGCGCUGCCUUGGAUAGGGGGGCGGGUGCGAAAGUAGUCCUCGUGCACGAUAAACUCAGGAUAAACGAUGACUUAUACGCAUGGGAUGAUGUCAGAGGCAAGCGCUAUUUGCACUCGGACAAACGUGGUACUGAUACAACGAAGCGAAGUGAGCGCGUUGUAUCACCUGAGUCAAACGGAUCUGAUAGCCCAGGCAGCUCUUUCGAGACACCAGAAAAAUAGCUAAGAUUGCUCUCGUUCAAUGCUCGCAGUAUAGUGAACAAGACUACGCACCUUGAGUAGUUAAUGCUUUCACACGAUCCUCACAUAACCACAAUAACAGAAACAUGGUUGCAUGAAAAUAUACCGAAUGAUUGUGUUGUACCUCCCAGUUACAACAUAUUUAGAAAAGACAGAAACUCACGUGGAGGUGGGGUGUGUAUAAUCAUUAAAGGUUCUCUUAAUGCUUCGUUGGUUGAUUGUGAAGUACCAGAAACUCUCUGGUGUAGAAUAACUUGUGAAAAUACCAUUUUCCUUAUUGGAGUUGUAUAUCGGCCACCCUCAAGCUCCCCUGAGUUUCUGAAAUCCUUGAACAAGUUUUUAUGUGCUCAUGUAAAUGGGAACACUAGGUUGGUAAUGACUGGAGAUUUUAAUAUUCCACACAUAAACUGGAAGAAUUUUUCAUACAGUGGUGGGGAACCAGUAAACGCUGAAAAAAUGCUAGAAAUUAUGUUUACCUACAAUUUGAAACAAAUAGUGCUUGAAGAUACCAGAAUUACGCCGACGUCAAGGUCGUUACUGGACUUGGUGUUCCUAUCAAAUAAAUUAAAUGAUUACAAGGUGAUGGUGGAAGAUGGUAUAUCGGAUCACCGAAUGAUCUGUCUUGAUCUGCCUGUUCGAGCAUUAAGACAUGUGAAGAGCUAUGUGCCAGUAAAAGUUAAAGACUAUGCUAGGGCUUACGAUACUUCGAUUCUUG